CGGUGCGCUAACCAACUGAGCUACAGAGGCCAGCUGUUGAGCUGUAACCGUAAGUUAAUGUAUAUAUAGGUAAUCGGGUGUGCGGGUUGUGAUAAGGUGGACUUGAAUGACUUAGAUUCUUGCACUUCACUUGGUGGAAUUAAUAUUAGAAUGUUAGGGUUUGUAACUCAACAGCUGUCCUCUGUAGCUCAAUUGGUUAGAGCGCUGCACCGGAAUUGCAGGGCUGUAGGUUCAAUUCCUACCAGAGGACCUUGUGCUGCAUUUUUCGCAGUCGUUCCUGGUUAGGUCUUAAAAUGUAUAUAUUCUCACUUGGAUUACAAAUCCUAACAUUCUAAUAUGUACACUGGGCCCACGUUCGAUGAUAUUUCACUCUAAUACGUUUGUGUAUGUUUUGUUUAAAGCGUGUACGUGGCUCAGUAUGAAGAAUAUCGACAGUCCUUGAUUGAUCAUCUUUAUAAAGUUAAACUCGGUCACUGGGACAUGUAAGUAUACUGCUCUUCUAACUUGAUACACUCUUAAUUAAAAAACUCAAUAAUUCAUGAGGAAAACACAAAGGAAAUCACUGCCGUGUCGUUAUGUGAUAAAGAAUCCCGUUAAUUUACAUAAACUUUAGCUUUGAUUUUCUCGGCUUAUAGACAACGUUGAUUUAUAAAAUCACUUCGCUAAUGAACUCAUAUAUAAGAUGGGUCGUAUAAGAUUGGAUGCGAAUGUUAUAACGUGCUUAUCAGUUUAUUGGGGAAGUAAUUUUAAAAAUAAACUUUGUCUAAGCCGAGAAAAUCAAAGCUGAAGUUUAUGUUGUGAAUCAGGACAAAUCUUUAUACGAUUUACAAACAUUGAUCAAACAUUCACUUCUUUUGAAUUUGUUCAUGAAUUAUUAAUGAGAUUUUGAAGUACAAUACUUAAAAACAGUCCGUGCUUUAUCAGAUAUGAAACACUCGGGCUGUCGCCACGUGUUCUAUAUCUGAUAAACCACUGUUGCUCUAAUACAAGUUAAUUUGAAAAUGUGUUCAGACAUAAUUACUGAUAGAGCUUUCCAGCAUAAAUAGAGUUUAGCUUUGUCUUUCAAGCGUUACAGUUGAUAACGUAGAUAAACGUUUCUCCUUUUAGCUCCAUACGCGAAUUGGUGUCCAAAGCUUUGUAUAACCUCGCUGACCGAGAUCCAGAAGUAAUGGCAAAACAAGGUAUACUGUUGAAGCAUAUAGCUUAUCGAAGGGAAGAUGGCUGUGAGGCUCAUUAGAAUGACAACAUAACUCAUUAUUUAUAUUAGUCAACGUCUAUUCAUAAAUCUGGUCCUUCACCGUCACGUGCAUGCGUAUUGUAUUUUUGCCCAACUAACCAAUAGCAAUGUUUUAGGAAAGUUACCUAUCCGUGACUCGUAUAAUAGGGAAAUUGGAAAUUGCUAUUGGUGGAUUUGGCAAAAAUACAAUGCGCACGUGACUGUGAAGGACAACAUUUAUGAAUAAACGUUGACCAUCAUAGAUAAUGGGUUAUAUUGUUGUUCUAAUGAGUUUCACAGCCAUCUUCCCUUCGAUAGGCCAUAGUUGAUAUAAUAGAUGGUUUCGAAACUCAUUAGAAUAACAGUAUAACUCAUUAUCUAUGUUAAUCAACGUUUAUUCAUAAGUAUGGUCCUUCACCGUCACGUGUGUAUUGUAUUUUUGCCAAAUCCACCAAUAGCAAUUUCCAAUUUACCCUAUUGUUCGAGUCACGGAUAGGUAACUUUCCUAAAACAUUGCUAUUGGUUAGUUUGGUAAAAAUACAAUACACACGUGACGGUGAAGGACCAGAUUUAUGAAUAAACGUUGACUAACAUAGAUGAUGAGUUAUAUUGUUAUUCUAAUGAGUUUCCAAACCAUCUAUUCUAUUAACUAUGGAUAGGCUAUGGUUGAAACAACACCGCAAAAAAUCUUUAAAACUUGAUUAAAAUAAUGCACCCACAAUGACUCAAAGUUUUCAGUAAAAUUACUCAAAUUUAUGAGUAAGUUUCAAAUCUACCUAACGUUUUGAGUAAGAUUUACUUUACUCAAAAUUUACUCAAUAGAUUUGAAUAAUUUUACUCGAGUCACUGUGAGUGCAUUAUUUUACUGAGGUUUUUGAGUCAAACUUUUUUGGAAUGAAAUGAACAAAGUUGACAAAAAGACUCGCAAAUAUUUAUAGCGAAUUCAGUUACAAUAAACUAAUUGUACAUGUGUUCACUAUAUUACUGUUUACAGUUCUGCCCACAAUCUUACCACUGACAGUUGGUUGGGAUCUCAACACCAGACAUGGCAGUAUUUUAUGUGCGGCUGAACUAACUCAUGCAUUGUAUUGCUAUGGUGCGGAAAAUAACAGGUUGGUUAGAUAAGUGUAUAUACAAUGCAGGGCUCGAAAUAGCGGGCUGCCAAUUGGCAAUGGCCAAAAGCAGGUCAUAUUUUAGAAAUGGCAGGCAAAAACAAAUUUGAACUGCCAAGUAAAAAACAAAUGGCAGGUCAUCGGAUAUUCUAUAGAUAUAUUUCAUAUCAUUUGCUUACCACAACUCAUAUAUACUAGAUCAUUUAGUUGACUAAAUAUGUUUAUAUUUGAAAUGUAAAUCCAAGUUUACUUUAGUAAAAUGUCUAAGUUUAAAAAUAAUAAAAAUGCAUAUCAUGAAAACAUUGAUUUUUACAAUAUGACUCAUAUGAGACAUCGCCAUUUUGGCAGUUCAUAUUUUUUUCUCUACUUCGUGCCCUGGUACAAUGUUAUAAGUUUCGAUGUACUGUUGAGUAUGAAAAAUUUAGUUUAGUUUAGGCUUCCUCAUGUAGUAACACUGAACUAAUAAAAGACGACCCUUACUGGACCUCUAGGGAGAACAGUUUAGAACUGAUAUAUAGGUACCCGGUAUAAAUAAAGUUUCGUUCAUGUUCUUGUCAUGUUUUGGUUCAUAUAGGAGCUUGCUGGAUAUAUUGGGUUCAUCGUGUGUGGAGGAAUUAGAGAAUAUUAUACCGAAGGUGAAUAAACAAACCAUGUCUAAAUAUGCAUCUGUGCUUUCACAUCAAUUUAAUUCAGCGAUUCAUUACCCUUGGUUCAAGGGGUUUCCUGUUUCGCUGAAGCUGCAGCCUGCACUCAGGUGGUGCUGGCCAAGCUAAAACCUCUGAAACCAGAAAACCUCUGAAACCAUGGUAGCGAUUCAUUUGCCAUUUCAUGUUUCUAAAGUAAGCGCACAAUGUUUUUGUCUUUAGCUUACUGAAGCCAAAUUAUUUAGGUAGGUAACUGUGCAAAUUUUUGCAUACCAGUCGUCCGUCAUUGCUGUCACGAUUGCAUAUACACAUUUCAACGUUGUUGUUUGUAAUUCUAGGGGUCAAGGUGGAGAGCUUAUGAGACCUGCAGGUUUGUUUUUUAGUGGAAAUAUUCAAUGUUUUUAUUUCCUAUUGGAGUAAUACAAACUUUCAGGUUACAAGCGAGAGUUUGCAUGUGACUUUGAUACACACGUAAAAAUCUGCCCAACUUUUCAACAAGAUGUGUUCGCAACAGGAUUGUGGCAAGCUUGCCAACAAAAAACCACGGUCAACCGACAAUUUAAGAAAAUACAAAAAGAAACAAAUUCCGAAAAAUAAGGUCAACAAGUUGUAACAAUGUUAUUUCAUCAAGUUGCUACAAGGUUGUCACUCACAACUUGUCGACAAUUUGUUGAAUUGCAGGACGAUAACAAGUUGUUGGAACAAUUUGUAACAAGUCUGUUGAGCUCAACGACCUUGUAGCAAGUUAUCAACAAGCCGUUAACAAGUUGUCAUGAAGCUGGGAACAAGCAGUGCGAACACUUCCUGUUGUCAAUUUGUUUGGAACUGCAUUGCUACAAGUCUGUUGCAGCUUUGUUACAACUUGUGCGUUUUUACGUGUGUACCCCGGCGAAACGAGAACAAUAAUAGUUGCAUGACAGUUGAUGGUCAAACGCGAGCAAGAGUCGCAACUCUCAUCAACUUUCAACUUCGUUUGAUUGGGGCUUAACUGAAGCGAUUGAAAUUUUGCCUCCUUUCAGUUUGCCAUUUCAUCGAGAAAAUGUCUUUAUCCAAAUUUGAAUGUUUCAAUGUUGAAACUGUUGGUAAGUUUCCGUACAAUUUUACAGUUUUCUAACAAUCUUAGUACCAGCAUUUCUGGUGUCGUGGUCACCACGCUUGCCGCUGGGAGACCCGGGUUCAACCCUUGGUCGGACCUCUACUCAAGGUCUUAAAAUAAUUGAGGAGAAAGUUAAGACUUUCGCGUUUUCUCGGAUAAGGACGUUAAAAUCGUAGGUACCUCGGAUUCCCUAUCAAAUGGGCAAUAUAGCCUGUUGGGAAAUCCGCUCACCAAUGAGUGAGAAGCUCAAUCUUUGAUUGCAUGUCAUUCAAUAUCCUCGGUUGAUUUUGUUUAGUUACAUGGAGGAACACGAUUGAUGAUAAUUUAAAUCAUCUUCAAAGAUCCAUACAGGUGAAUAUCGCUUUCCGUACGAUUGUUUGACCGAAUUGAUUACUUCGUUAACGGUCUUACUGUCUGCAUGAUUCUUUUUUUAGGAAAAAGCGGUCGGUGCUUUACGACAUUUUACGACGCACUUUUACCAAACGAAAGAUGGACGCGCAGUGCCCGAUAUCCAGGGUACGUUGUCCGGAAAAAAUAAUUUCCCAAACGUUUUGCCGCUUUUAGAGUUUUAGUGACGAAUUCUUUUCUCCAUUUACAGAAUCAUUAAUCACCGUGUACAUUGAAAAAUUAAAACAUCCUUCGCAAACUAUGAGGUAUACCUACUAAACUGAAUUGGACUGAAUUGAAUUGAAUUGAAUUGAAUUCAACUGUACUGGACUGGACUGGACUGGACCAAAACUAAAACCAACCCAACCCACAACCAAACCAACCCGUAGCCAAACCAACCCACAGCCAAACCAACCCAUAACCACACCAACCCAUAACCAAACCAACCCAUAACCAAAUCAACCCAUAACCAAACCAACCCGUAACCAAACCAACCCGUAACCAAACCAACCCGUAACCAAACCAACCCGUAACCAAAGCAAACCAAACCAAUCCAUAACCAAUGGACAUAUGUUUCGCAAACAUUCCACCCUUAUAUUAUUGAUUGUGUGAUAUUUUUUACCUAGAGAAGGAUUUACCUUAGCCUUUGGAGCGCUUCCAAAAUUUAUGCUGGAUGGUUAUCUUUUAAAGGUACAUAUUGAUUCGUUGCUGGAUACUUCGUAUUUAGUGUGGAAUGAACGAUUUCUCUUGUUUUCCUAGGUUAUAGAUAGUCUUCUUCAAGUAACUGAGAUUCCUGAAAAAGAUGCUGGAAAAUUUGCACAAUCUCGAGCAGAUGCUUUGCACUCUCUGGCUAAGUAAGCCUCUACAGGGUGUCUAAAAAACCUUUAGAAAUCACCCUUUUCUUGUAAACACCCAAACUUCAUUACCUGUGGGUGUUUAGAAUACAUUGUACGUACGAGCAUACGAGCAUAUUAAAACUAUGUUUAUGUAAUAUUUUUUAGUAUUGCAGAAACUGUAGGUGUUCAGAGAGAAGGGGUUGGUAAUUGUGUUAUCAAUGAGUCUACCAUGGCGAGGCUCUAUCAAUGUUGUUUUAAAGCAAUGAAGGAUUAUACUAUCGAUAGUCGAGGCGAUGUGGGAUCGUGGUAUGUUAAGUUUAGUUUCGAGAGGAAAUGUGUUUGUAAGAGGUUGUUUGUGACACAAUGGGCAUUGUAGUGCAUUUUACUUUCAACCUUUGUGACCAACCUGAUUAAGCUAUCCAGUUUAAAUAAAGUUAGUUUAGGUUUCCUCCUGUAGCAGCACUGGAUCAACAAGGGCCAGCUUUCACACUGGACCUCUAUGGAGAACAGUUUAGAACUGAUAAAGCUAUAUCAUGCAGUAUAAAUAAAGUUAGUUUAGAUUAGGUUUCCUCCUUUAGUAACACUAGACCAAUAAGGAAUGAUUUCAACUAGUAAGAACAGUUUAGAACAGAUCAAUGUAUGAAUAUAAAUUUAGUUUAGGUUAGCUUGCAUAUAUAUUAAUAUAUUUUGUUUGAAUGGUUGCUUUAAUGCAUUAUUGAUGUACUUUUGUUCACUAUAGGUCACGCAAGGCCGCCAUGACAUGCUUGCUGAAACUUACACUAGUUGUUACAAAGACAGAUACGGAAUUACUUUCUAAAGAAACGUAAGUAUUGUGAGGGUAUCCUGGACAAGCUUGAAAAUCCUUGUUACUGGUAGUUUAUUAUUGUGUUUGGCAGUAUAGUCGCUAUGUACUAUUUGUAAAGUCAACGAUGCAUGCAUGGAUCCAUCCAGAUCUAGUAGGAGGUGUUCAUCGAGUUUGGCUAUGGUCUAGGGUGCAACCGUUGAUCAAAUGCAAAAUCACUAGAGGAAGCUACAGACAGCAGUAUUCUGGAAACUGUCAAACCACUGCCCCUGGCAGGGCCCAUGCAGGAGCCAAGCUUGUAGUAAGGGUAUUAGGAUAAUUUCCUUUCCAAAUCAUAACAUUAAUUUGAAAAGGAAAUGGAUGAUUCUAGGUAUAGACGAAAUUUUGAUCUAGACAGGAAGAACGAAAUCCAUUACCAUAGCUGGAAAGAGCAUCUUAAAAUGAGUAAAAUGGCAACGUUUGGUUGCGAAUUGUUGUAAAAUGAGGAAAAUAUAGCCCUGUAAAGUUCGCAAAUUUUGUAUAUAUUUGCAUUACGCGCGGGAAAAAUAACCAUUUUUGAGCCGAAAGUGGUCAUUUUUACCGCGCGUAAUACAAAUAUAUACAAAAUUUGCGAACUUUACAGGGCUAUAUUUUCCUCAUUUUACAACAGUUCGCAACCAAACUUUGCAGUUUUACUCAUCCUAAGACGCUCUUUCUAGCUGUGGUGUUGGAUUUCGUUCUUCUUGCCUUGAUCAAAAUUUAGUGUAUAGCUAGAAUCACCCAUUGGUACACUUCCACACCCCUUUUUGCCACGACGAGGAGGGGUGUGCUCCCCCUGCAUCCCCUGCAAAACCCAUGUCUGGUUAAUGUCGGUAUAGUGCAUGGAGGAUUGCAUUGAUAAACUUCCUUGUAUUAAAUGUUACAUAGAUGUAGCCAAAUGAUGUGUUGUCUGUUGAAACAAUGCAGUGAGAAAAUUGAUCACACAAGAGCGCACGCAGGAGAAAUUAUGUUGAAGCUUAUCCACAAACAAAAGUAAGACUCUUUUGAUGAUCUAUAAAAUAUCGACUUGUUCAUUGGCCAAGACUAAGUACCACCGAACAAAUUUUAUUACCAUUCCAGGUCGAACUCAAAUAUAAAGGCCCAUUUCCACUCUGGAAAAUUUUCCGCAGAAAGAAAAGUUUGUAAAAUGUGGUUGACCGACACAAAUUUUCCGUCGGAAAAUUGAAGUUGAAAAUUUUCAACAUUUAACAAUGAUGUUUUUGGAAAAUUUUUUGUCCGUGGAAAUUUUUCUUGAGUGGAAAUGGUCUAAAGAUGGUUAAGUCAGCCAUGAAAUUAAUUACGUUAACGUCUUUUGUUCCUUUGUAAAGUCCUGCAAUUCCAAAUAUCCCGGAACACAAGAUCCUGUGUGACGUAUUCCCAAGGUAUGAUGAUUAAUAUAAAACAAAACAUACUAUCUUGUGCACUCGAGAUUAGACUUAUAAACAACGAAGUAAGAUGCAAUCCAGGAGCGAUGACAUGCAUCGGCCAUUUUUUUAUUCCAGAGAAGAUUGUGAGAAUCUAAACUGGGGUGCCGCAGCUGAGGUUUUCAGGAAAAUCUCCAAGUUACUGGAAAUACGAUGUUAUCAAUAUGCUGUACUCAGUGGGAUAAUACUCAGCGCUGGUGGACUCAGUGAAUGUUUAGUACGUAUUUAUAGCUUUUUGCAACGAAGAGAACACUUCCAACAUGACCUCAUUGUAGGAAUGUGGCAAAGCAGUACACACGUAAAAACGCACAAGUUGUUACAAGUCUGUUCACAAGCUGUCAACAAGUUGUCUUCGCACUGCUUGUUCCCAGUUGUUGGAACAAGUUUGGAAGAAGCUUUUAACAACUUGUAACAAGCUUGAUGGCAUUAUCAGGCUUGUCACAAGGUUGUUCUAACAAGUCUGAUACAGUCAUGAUAUAACAAGAAUGUUACAAGGUUGACGACACAAGGUUGUAACAAUACUGCUAUAUCAUGACUGUAUCGGACUUGUUGGAACAACCUUGUAACAAGCCUGAUAAUAUCAGCAAGGUUGUUACAAAUUGUUAUCAACUUGUUCCAAACUUGUUGACAACUUGCGACAAGCAGUGCAAAGACAACUUGUUGACGGCUUGUUGGCAGAUGUGCUACAAGAUGUGUGUAGCCGGCACAUCCCUACCUAGUUCAUUGAUAAUUGCAUGUCAUAUAGGUCGCAUUUCUUUGAGGUUGGGAAUACUAUGAACUGCUUGACCUGCAUGUUUCUUUCUCAGAUACGACAGGCUGGGGUUUCAUUGGAAAAUUUUCUCGGGAGGCUUUCAGCAACUCGGCAGUAAGUGAAUAUAUGUUAAAGUUAAGACUUGUGUUAUUAUCAUUCAGUAAGUUUUAUGAAUGCUCUUGGUGCUUUCUUAUUACAGAGAUGAAGCAUUGAUGAAUUUUGCAGAAAAUUUAGUAAAGUUGUUUAGAGAGUUUCAAAAGAACGAUAGGUAAGGUGAACAACUAUUGCAUCAAUAAUGAUGGCUGACACCACACUACACUAAGUGAAAAAUUGAUUUCGUUCCAGGGUCAUUAUUCCACUAUUUAAAGUAUUGGAUCAUCUAUUUUCUAUUGGCAGUUUGAAUUUCUUGGCAAACGAAGGAGGGUGUGUGCUCCAAAAUAAACUGAAGUUAUUUAUACUAGACAUGGUAGCUUUAUAUUCAGCUUUUAACUUGCCUCCCUAGAGGUCCGGUAGGAGUCAUCCCUUCUUGAUCCGUUGUUACUACAGAAGUAAAUAUAAACUAAGCUAUAACUACUUGUACUGGAUAGCUCUAUCAGUUCUAAACUGUCUUCCUUAGAGGUCCAGUAAGGAUCGUCUCUUAUAGUAGCCAUCCCUUGUUGAUCUGGUGUCACUGAAGAAGUAAACUUAAACUAAACUAACUACUUGUACUGCAUGGAUUGCUCUAUCAGUUCUAAACUCUCCUCCCUAGAGGUCCAGUAAGAGUCACCCCUUGUUGAUCCAGUGUUACUACAGAAGGAAACUUAAACUAAAGCGUUCCUCUCAGAGGUCCAAUGACAGUCAUCUCUUAGAAUUUGCUGCAAACAUAGCUUUUAAUAUACGUUAUUUGUCGUUUAGGGAAAGCAUCUCAGAGGCGCUUUUUGAUUUGACGCAAAAUGAAAUCGCCAGAAUACCAGAUGCGAGGAAGAUUAUUGUCAGUAUUAACGUGUACGUUACAUACACAAAUCGAUUCUUCGUUUUUGCCGUUCAGAUAACAUAGACCUAUUUGGAUAACAUUGGUUUAUACACAAUCCCACCUCGCCCCCCUAUUUAAUAUUUUCGAAAAGCUCGUAUGUCUAGUGAAUCUAUCUACUCUUGUGAUUUAAAUGGGUUGUUCGUGGGUUCAUUUCUAAAUUUCAUCUUAAUAGGUUCAGCGGUCUUCUGCAGUUUCCUGGAAAGACAAGACGAAGAUCCUUACAACGUUUGUUAAUAUUACUCUGUCAUAAAUAUCCACGGGUAAGAGCAUAGCUACAAAGUCCCCCCUAUUGUUCUAGUCAGUGCCAUCCCUUAUUGGUCCAGUGCUAUUGUCGGACAUAAACUAAUUUUAUACUGGAUAGCUCUGUCAGUUCUAAUCUGUCCACAAGCUGUCAACAAGUUGUGUUCGCACUGCUUGUUCCCAGUUGUUGUUAACAAGAUUGGAACAAGCUGUUCAUAACUUGUAACAAGCUCGUUGAUAUUAUCAGACUUGUUACAAGGUUGUUCUAACAAGUCUGAUACUGUCAUGAUAUAACAAGAAUGUUACAAGGUUGACGACACAAGGUUGUAACAAUAUUGUUAUAUCAUGACAGUGUCGGAUUUGUUGGAACAACCUCGCAACAAGUCUGAUAAUAUCACCAAGACAAUACAAGUUGUUAACAGCUUGUUCCAAACUUGUUCACAACUUGGGACAGGUAGUGCGAGCACAACAUGUUAACGGUUUGUUGGCAGACUUGCUAAUGGAAAAAUCAGAAUGUACAAACCACCCAAGGUAGCCACUUGCCAACUUCUAAAAGUGACAAAGGGCCGUCCGUUGUUUUUCAGGAAGUUCAACACAUGCAUAUAGGUACUCAGCAAACACUUUUUGCGCUUCAUUUUAAGGUACGAAAGGCGACUGCUGAUUCAUUGUAUACUGCUCUGAUCACAUACGACGAUAUUGCCAGCGAUGAGAGCGUGGAGGAAGUCCUGGAUAUACUGAGUGAAACAUUGUGGUAAGACUGUCUGUACCCGAGGUACGCCAAUAUUAUGAUCGGUGGCGGUAAUUUCAGAAAGACUUUGCAUGUAAUGUACUCAGGUGAAUAUGAUGCUUGUGAUGUUACUCUGAGUGUAUAUCCACACCGGGCAAGCUUGAAAAAUAUGCCUGGCCACGGUGGGAAUCGAACCUACGAUCUUUGGAAUACUUCAAAGAUCGUAGGUUCCAAAAUCGUAGGUUCGAUUCCCUACCAAAGAUCGUAGGUUCGAUUCCCACCGUGGCCAGGCAUAUUGUUCAAGCUUGCCCGGUGUGGAUAUACACUCAGAGUAACAUCACAAGCAUAAGACUUUGAAUGAUAGCCGAAUAACUCGGGUAGGAAAUUCUUAGCAAAAUAUCUUCCUUGGAAAUUUUCUUAGCCUACAUCGUGUAGGAAAGUUUUGUCAUCUUAUAUACUGGAAUGACAUAUAACAUACUUAGGCUACCAACAAUAUGUAUACAUGCGUACUUACAUUUUGCUUUUCCUCGACAGGGAAGAAACUGUUGAUCAAAUUCGACCACAAAGAAACAUUUUGUGUGAUUUAUUGGGUGUGCCGAAACCUGUCCUUAAGGUAAACUUGUAAUCGUCUGUUUCGUAUUUCGGCUCGCGAAUCUCAUUCUCCAAACCUGCAACAAGUUGUACCAAACCUGCAACAGACUUGUAGCAAUGCUGUUCCAACAACUUGUCAACAGGAUACGUUCGCACUGCUUGUUCCAAGCUUGUUGACAACUUGCUACAAGGUUGUUGAGCUCAACAGACUUGUUACAGGUUGUUCCAACAACUUGUUAUCGUCCUGCAAUUCAACAAUUUAUCAACAAGUUGUGUGACAAUCUUGUAGCAACUUGAUAAAAUAACAGCAUUGUUACAACUUGUUGACAAGCUUGCUACAAGCCUGUUGCGAACACAUCUUGUUGACAAGUUGUGAGAUUUUUACAUGUGUAACAGAAGAAUGGUUAAGGAACGGAAAUUGCUUUGUGUGAUAUGACCGCGUUAGUUAGCGGGUAUACAGUAGCUGUUACAGUAAUAUCAUGUUUUCUAACAGAAUACAGCCAAGGGUAAAGCUAAACCAGAGACGUCUGCAGCACAAGAUCCUCUCAGCAGUUAUAAAGGUAAUUGUAAUAUGUUCUUUUUGAGGCGAACAGAUAAUUACAAAUACUGUAUGCGCGGUCCAGACCUUUUAGAUAGUUCAGAAGACGGCAGCUCGAGCCUCGGUGAUAUAUUUUCUAUCUAUUUUAGAUCUUGUGAGCCGAGUUGACUAUUGAAACUUCACUCCACCUUAUAUAGGCGUGACCAGAUAAUCAAAUAUAAAAAAAUAUAAAAAUAUUUAUUUAAUUGAAAGAAAGUUGUAUUUACAGAUAUACUGUUUACACAUUGUAAUAUAUUUAUAAAUAAUAAUGUAUCUUAGAUUUUAUGUUUUAUUUUGUUAAUUAUUCGUGAAAAUUCCUUAAGUGGUGGGGAGGAGGCCACUUUCGUAAUUGAACGGUAAAUUUUUAGCUACAUGCGAUGAAGUCGGCUGUUCUUCCAAGCUGUAGUAUUUCCCUCUGAAAGUGCCUUGUAUGCCAUGUCAUAAACUUCGUCUGGUGUGAAUCCCACAAUAACUGUUCCCUUUACAUCAAUACCAUGCUCUGAUGCUAGGGUCUUUAUUCUUUCCUUUAUUUCAUUUGGUCUGGUAUAGUUAAAAACAUGUUGCUUUGUUUCAUAGUUGCUUUUCUCCUAUAAAAUAGAGGACACAUAAUUAAUGGGCUCUUUGAAUAACAACACUUAAGCCUGAUUUCCAUAUGGUCGUAAAAAUAGAGUCACGAUCUUUCUCAACGGCCAGUUUAUACCUGUAAACCACAUUUCAAACAUUUAUUCAUAAGCUUAUUGGAUAAAACACUCAUAUGCGUGUUUUAAAUAGUAGCCAGGGUGUUAAAUGGGUUAAACCCUUAUUUCUCUUAUGCUUAUUUUUCUUAUGCUUAUUUUAUCAUGUAAAUAGGUUGGUAUUACUGAGGCAUAUUAUAUAUUACUCAAUGGAUUAAAGCUGAUUAACUAAAAUAAUGCAGUUUGCACUCAAUAAACUUUAUACUGAAUAGAUGUGUUAGUUCUGAACUGUUUCAUCCCCCCCCCCCCACACACACACUCCCUCUCCCCACACAGUCUAGCAUAACCAAGUGAAUACAUAAUUUCAAGCCACAGUCCCACAACCCACCUGAUCAGAGGCAAAAGCUUCAACAUUGCAUGCAAUCUCUACAGAUCCCUCAUGGUCGAAAGCCAUUGCUUGCACACCCUUUAAACCCCCCGGGCUUGCCCCACGAAUGGCCUUUGCUAUUCCUUGCCCCACUUGAAAAUCUUUGGUCUCAAUUGUGACAUUACAGUUCAUAACAUAUGGACUUGCACCAACACCUGUCAAGCCAUACCGUGACAUAGGUGGCCCACCAAUAUCAAAUUUAACACCAUCAUAUGACAUGCCAUGCCGACCCUUAUACCAACCGACUUCCUUCCGCCUUUCAACCAAUCCCCUUGCGUUUGGAUAAUCUGCCGUCCCAAAGUAGAACACACUAGUCCCCAUUACUUCACUCACAAUCUGGUUCCCAAUCCCUUUUGCAAUGUCACCACACUUGUUAAGGGACACUAAGUGUGAAAUUGGGUAAAUGGGUAUAAGGUCAACUGACCCUAACCGAGGGUGACCUCCAGUGUGGUUUUGCAAGUUGAUUUCUCGAUAUGCUACUUUACAAGCAUUAACAACUGAAGUUUGUAAAUUCUCAAUUGGUGCUGCAAUGGUUAGCACCGAACGGUUAUAGUCGUGGUCAGAGAAUAUGUUUAACACGGUCGACAAGCAUUUGAAUUUUGAUUCUGUUGAAAGGAUGCCUGCAGCCUUUGCGAUUUUUUCUACCACAUGUAGUCGUCGAGCUUCAGAUAUAUUCAAUAAGCACACUGCCAACCGUGCAGCCAUUAGUCGAAACUGACCAAUCACAUUACUCAAAACACCAAGCAAAAUCA